UGUAAGAUGGUUAAUUUUUGAGUUUCAUUUAAGUCUUGAUUUUGUUCAUUUCGAAGCAUUAGCAAGCAAAUGUUGUGUAAACUCGAUGAUCUUACAGAUCGAUAUUCUUGGUGGUGCUUCAUGACACUCAAUAGAGAAUGUACAAACACGCUAUGUCAGUAUCCAACAUUAAUCUCUACUGAUCGCAUACAUUCAAUUAAAGGUUUCGGUGCUUUUUUUGAAACUACUCUCGAUAGAGGAAGACUAAUGCUUUAACUGUAUUUUAGCAUGAUGGUUGAAAAUGCUAAAAUUUGUGUCCUACAAUGGGCUGGUCAUGCAAGACAUAUUACAGAAAAAUUUAGUGAGCUGCUGGCACGUCAAGCACUUGUUGAUGUUACACUUGUCUGUGAAGAACAAAAGCUUCGUAUUCAUAAAUUGGUUUUAGCAUCACAUAGUACAUACUUUGAGGAGAUCCUACAACAAGAUUUGGGUCAGGAACCAAUUAUAUUUUUAAAAGAUAUAAGCUUUGAAAUCUUGAAGGCCAUGGUUGAAUUCAUGUAUUGUGGAGAAACCUCUAUUCCUCACCAAUUAUUGUCACCUUUGUUAGCUGCCACAAAAACUUUUAAGGUUAAAGAGUUAACAACAGUGGUUGAUUCCAUGAUGAAUUCUCAAGUAGAAAAUUUUGAAACUAUUGCAAGUAUGGACAAAAAAGUUACAGAAUCAAAGAUUAUAGAUAAUAAAAAUAAUGACAUUAAUUAUACACAUGUAACUUGUAAUGAACUUGUUAAAGAUGAGUGCUUUGUACUUUUUAAUAAGGGCAACAGUGUUGUGAGUUUGAGUGAAAAUGAAUAUUUAGAAGGUAACACAAGUAAUGAUUCUCCUAAACAGGAAUUAGAGCAUAUGGUAUAUGAAGAGUCAGAAGAUUUUGAAACUAAUGCAGAACAAACUAAUACACUUUUUUCAGUAGCCAGUUCUGCAAAAUUAGUAAAAAAUAAGAAUUCAAUUUUUUUGACAAAUGGUAAAAAUGAAAAAAUACCAAUCAGGUGCUCUGAAAAUAGAUUGAUAAAUAGUGAUACAUUGUGUACAAAUAGUGAAUUAAAACCUAUAUUAUAUGAACAAUGCUGUGAUCUUUCAGAUAUUGAUGAAUGUGAUGAAAGUUCUAUGUUGUUAUCACAAUCUUGCCUUCAACAAAUUGAAAAAGACUUUGCACAAUAUAAAUUUGAAGGUACUGAUGUUCCUAGUAAAAUACGAAAAUGUGUUAAAGUUUACACUCACAAGAGACGUAAAUCUAUAGAUGAAAUAAAAAGUAAGCUUACAGAUGUGAAUAGUAUAAUUCAAAGUCCACCAUCUACUGAUUGUAUAGACUUAUUAGAAGAGCCGUCCACUAAUGAUAUACCAGUUACACUUUUAACCUCAUUAGAUAUGGAAAGUGCUGAGUAUAUUAUAAGUUUAAGUACUGAAAAUAUUCAGUCUAUAGUGGGAGCUACUCUAACUGAACAGGAUACACUAAAUACAAGUGAAGAACUUGAACAAAUUAUCGAAUAUCGUACCCAAAAAGAUGAAAUAAACAAAAAAGCAUCAAAUACUGAAAAUAUUGAAAUUUCAAGUUGUACAAAACCAAUAUUACGGAGAAGUCUGCGAUUAAAUCAACAGGAAAUAGAGGAAACGGUGAACAAUAAUGAAACUGUUAAGGAUUCUAAUGGAAGAGAAAAACAUUUAAAAAAAUCAAAUUCCCUAAAUAGAGCAGAACUAUGUAUUAAGAGAAAACGUAAAGUAAAGGACACAGACCGUAAGGUUCCAGAAGAAAGUAUUAACAAUGUAAUGCAACCCACUAAAAAGACAUUUAAUAAUUCACGUAAAAAUACGUCAAAGUUAAUUGUUAAAAGGAGCAAUAAAUGUACAAUACCUAGCAAAGAAAAGGAUGAGCAAACAGUUAAAAUAGUAAAUAAAUUGAAGUGUGAUGUAUCAGAUACUACAGAAAUUGACUCUAUGUUUACAUUACCUAAAUUAAAUACAAUAGAGCAUAUAAAUCGUUCACUUUGGGGCGAUAUGUCAGAUUUUUCAGAAAACUGUGAAAAUAGAAUGAAUUUAUUAGAAUAUACUCCAAACACGGAAAUUCCAUUUGCUGUUGGUUUACUACCUUUACGUACUGCUCUAGAAAAAAUGCAAGCAACACCAGACUAUCAACCUCGCAAAACUCGUUCAUCAGUUGCUCCAAUAAAAUAUGAUAAUAAUAAUUUUAAGAGAAAGAAUUUUGCUCAUUUUAGUAAAAUUGCUGAUUCUAAAAAGCAAAACAGUUGCAUUAAUGAUUCAAAAGAGAAUGCUAAAGCAGUUUGUCAUAUUCAAAUCAGAACUGCGCCAUCACAGUUUAUACGAAAUCGUAAAAAAUAUCUCUCAACAGAUGUCAACACGUUAGAAUCACCAAUUAUUAUAAACAAACAUUAA